AUGUCAACAGUGCCUUCGCAUGACCAAGAGGAUCUGGAUCUUCCGAUACACCCUUCAACAGGACUUUGCUGUGCGACCAUGGCUGAGACCCAAUGGAUGCCACCAACAGGCAACGCGCCGCAGUUUGGUCAAGACCGACCCGUCACAAUCACUGCAAAGCAAGACAACUCGGUCGAAGUCAAGUUCAACAAUGGAAGGACCAUCCCGGACGUCGAAGCCAUAGGACCAGACUCCGAGCCAUUGCAUUCAUGGCAGCAAAGAAACAACAUCGAUACUGCGAAGCAAGUCAAGCUGGUAAAGCUAGCUCACAUGCGAUAUCAACACCCUGACCUGCAAACCAUCACCAAGUUCCUGACCGACUUUGGUAUGCACGUCGUCAAGCAACUAGACGAUCAAGUCUGGUAUCGAGGCUACGGAAGUGAUCAAUAUGUGUACUACGCCCGGAAAGGCGAGAAGAAGUUUCUCGGCGGCACAUUCGAAGUAGAAUCCAUGGCGGAAUUACAGAAAGCAGCGAAGAUCCCUGGUGCCGGCCAGAUCAUUGAAAUGACUGAAGCUCCAGGUGCCGGCCAUAUCCUCACACUCCACGACCCAGAAGGCUUUCCCAUCAACCUGAUCUACGGGCAAACCCCAGCACCCAAAGGCGACCUGCCCGAGAAAGUCAUCUACAAUUACGAAGGCGACGAUAAGCCACGAGUCAGAAAGUUCAACCGCUUUACGCCAGGUCCAGCCGCAGUCCACAAACUAGGGCACUACGGUCUCUGUGUGCAAGACUUCCCAACCUUGCUAGAAUGGUACACGAGGAACUUCAAUUUCGCACCAACAGACUUUCUACAUGUGCCCACUGGCGAUGGGAAGACCAAGGACGUAGCCGUGUUUGCCCAUAUCGAUCGUGGAGAAGAUCCAGUGGAUCAUCACACCUUUUUCAUGUCUACGAAUCCAACCUCGCACGUUCACCACUCUUCAUUCGAGGUUCAUGAUUACGAUACACAGCAUCUUGGUCACCAGUGGCUGGGCAAGCAGGGUUAUACCUCCGUAUGGGGCAUCGGGCGCCAUAUCUUGGGUAGCCAGAUCUUUGAUUAUUGGUGGGAUACGACAGGUAACAUGAUUGAGCAUUACGCCGAUGGCGAUCUCGUCAACAAAGACACGCCUGUAGGUUGGGGCCCAGCUGGGGACGAAAGUCUAGCAGUAUGGGGUCCCGAAGUACCAUCGUGGUUCUUGCACUAG